AGCUAUUUUGUAUUGUGUUGUGUAGCUGUUUUGUAUUUUAUGUGUGGUUGUGAACAGAUAAGAAAAAACUAGUUAGAAGCAGGUGACUAAGGUGGGUUAACAAUAAUGUGACAAGCAAGAGCAGGCAUAGAACUAUGAAUGCGAUACGUUCGGCAGCGCUGCCGAGGAGUGCCGCAGUCAUUAUUUCUGCUACAUUAUGCACCUCUACUGAUCACGUGACCUUCAUCAAGGAGGUAGCUACAACUCGACCUCCCCAGCAUCUUCAUUGUCUCCUAAAAGUUCUACAGGCCAAAGGAGAAAAACUUGUCUCUCCAAGUGCUAGACAUGGGAUAAUUCCUCUUGCAAUACCACUCUCAGAAGAUCAAUCAGGUGCUUUCACAGCUCUGCUAAGGUGGCCAACAAGUCCAGAUGGGAUGGAAAUGCCAGUUGUCCAAGUUCAGAAGCAUGGCGUGUUACUUUUAGCUAUGAGUGUAGAUCAAUACAUUCAUAGAAUUCUGGUGGAAGAAGAUAGCAACUGUCACAACAACACAACAGAAAGCCUGUACACUGCUUCAGGAAAUGUGGGCAAGAAAUUAUAUAAAAAGGGUGACUUUGCUGAAUCCAAAAUUGAAAAUAUCAAUGUUUAUCUGAUGAAGAAGGUUGCGUUGUUUACAGAUGUUCUUGAGUGUAUUGCGUUGGACCAUUUGCAAAGAGGUGACCAGGUUUCAGCGCUGGUGACAGGGGAGUAUUACUUGAAUAGGAACCAUUUUCCUGGUUUUGGGCGCCCUUUUGUGUUCAAUGCAGAGCUUUUCCUGAAAAUUGGUCGUAAGCUUGAAGCUAAGGAUGCUGCGAGAGCAGCACUGAAAUUACCAUGGUGGACACUAGGAUGUAGAUAUGAGAAAGUUGGUGACAUUGCUGGGUGGGAUGAUGAGCAAAUUGAAUACUUGAGAGAACGGGUUACGGAUGAGGGAAGGCGAGAGGAUCUUAAAAAAGGGAAGGCACCUGCACAGAUAGCUCUUGACCAGGCUGCCUUCUUGAUGGAUUUAGCAUCUGUUGAUGCAUCAUGGCUUGAUAUCCGGGAACAGCUUGCAGCUUUGUACAAGGAAGCUGGGCUGGAGGCAUUGGCUCGCUUCAUACUUUAUGAACCCUAAGAUUAUGUAUAACAAUUAUUUAACUGUGAGAAAAUACUUGUUAAUGAAGAUUUGGACAACAAAUUGUCUUAGCAGGUGCUGCUCAAACAAUUUUGGAACUGUUUGCAACUAAGCAAUCCCAAUCCAAUGGAAAAUCUGUCUCCCAAA